AGUAACUUAUCUCUCAGUCAGUCUCAAUAAUUAUUAAUACGUAACUUAAAAUCAUAUUGAAAAGUUAUAAAAAUGACACAAAAUUAUUAUGAUUCUUUUGACAAAGUGGUUGAUUCAAAUACAGGUAUUCCAGAGGAUUAUUGGCAUCUCAUUGAUACUGCCAAUGAAAAUGGGACUAUACCAAACAAAGAAUGCUCAUCAUCCCAUCCUAGCCAAGAUGAAGCAAAUAAUUCUUCUACGCCAUCAUAUCUUUCUGAUUUUCAUCUACGCAGUACAGAAAUAGGAGAAAUUUCAGAAAUGCCAGAUUAUGAAAAUUUGAGUACUUCUGCAGUACUGCACUAUUGUAAAAACAAAAUUUUGAAACCUUAUUUGGGACUUUUAGCAGUUAUGGGAUUGCGACCAAACAGUGAACAAUUGGAACGCUGUUCUUUAUAUAGUAUUUUGGCCAAUUUUCAUACUUGUCAAGUUGUUUUGUUUAUGUGCAUGGGAUAUGUGCUACAAUAUAUGGCUUGUUACAGAAGAGACAGAGGAUUUUGUUAUAUUUCAACAGUUUUGAGUGAAAUAUCGAUUCCAAAUAAACCUCGGACCUAUGAGAGAACUUGUCAUGGAAAUGCAAUAUUUGCUUACUUCCUUCCAAAUGCUUUACAUUUAAUUGCUUACAUUUAUGCAAUUUAUUUAUUCCGCGUAAAAGAAAAUGAGCAACUUCAAAAUCUAAUGGAAAGAGCAUUUUUAUUAUCUUCACAUCCAGCUCACAGAGGAGGCCAAAAACAUUUGGUCAGAAUUUUAUGGCUUUUUAUUAUUCUUGGAGUAAUAUGGAUAAUAUGUGCUUCAAUAACAAUCAGCUUGAUGACAGCGAAUGAAAUAGUAACAUUCCAGUGGUUGAAAAAUAGUUCACAGGAUUUAGAAACUAUUCUCAAAGUUUGUUUAAUUUUAUGUACUUUAUGGCAUGAUAUGGUGCAAGGUACUAUCAUAACUAGUUAUUGCUUACAAGGUCAACUUUUAAUAUCACAUUUACACUUUCUAAGACUUAAGUUAAUUCAACAUACUAUGCCUGGACUGGAAUGGAUGAAAGAAGUGAGCGAAUUUAAAAAAUUGCUCAAGUAUUUCAAUGAUGAAUUUGGACCCCCUGUUUGUAUUUAUACAGUUGUAAAUAUAUCAUGGACAUUAACUGGUACAGCUUGGCUUUUGAAGUAUGACAGUGAAAAUGCCAAAAUGAAUCCAAUCACAUGUAUUAACAUAAUAAAUGUGAUUCUAUGGGCAUGGAUAUCUGUAGUACCAUUUAUACAAGCAGCUCGUUUGACAACAGCAUGUUCUAUGAUUCAAAAUACUGGACAUGAAGUUCGAGUGCGACCAUUUGUUCAUCAAAGCACACCAAGAGAAGACUUGGAUACUUUACUUAUGUAUACUUCAUCACUGAAAAUAUGUGCCAGACUUUUCAGAGUUCCUAUAACAGAAUUUCAAUUCGGCGCUCUACAUGCAUCUAGCAACUCAACAUAUGCAAAUUACCCUAGAAUAGCGACACUUCACACUAGAUCAAUCGAAACGCGAAGCGCGCAUGACCGGCCGAACGAGUCUCUAGGACUUUUCGCGCGAUGUCAGCAGAAGCGAUUGUCAGGCCUGCUGGCGUGUCGUCGUCCGUCUUUGCGCAGUCUGUCGUCUGGUGUGCAGUGUCCACGCAGAGUCAGGUCACCCUGUCGACGGCGUUAACAAUAAUAGCCAAU